GUAACAGAGCAGAGUAACAUAAUUAGUUAAAAUAGUCAAUACUAUAUGACAUACAUAACUAGUGUUUAUUUACUGCACUGAUAUUUGUAAUCUACUAUCGAUUUACACAAGAAGAUUGCAACUACCGAAGACAGACGUACAAUUUCAUCAGUAAACAAGACGUUUGCUAGUACUGUAGCUACGGUGUGGACACAUACUUGAUUCAAGCGACUGUACCUUUUCGAGCUUACAGUGGAUAGCAACGAAGAACAAGGAAAGCACGCUGAAUAGACAAUAAAGAUGGCAAAGGCAGACUACCGCUUAGGGCAGAGGGAUGGCUCAGACCAGAACUUUGACUACAUGUUCAAGCUGUUGAUCAUCGGCAACAGCAGUGUGGGCAAAACCAGCUUUCUGUUCAGAUAUGCUGACGACUCAUUCAGCAACUCCUUCGUCAGCACGGUGGGCAUCGACUUCAAAGUGAAGACUGUCUACAGGAACGACAAAAGGGUGAAGCUUCAGAUCUGGGACACAGCUGGACAGGAACGGUACAGGACCAUCACCACAGCCUACUACAGGGGCGCCAUGGGCUUUAUCCUCAUGUACGACAUCACUAACGAGGAGUCCUUCAAUGCAGUGCAGGACUGGGCCACUCAGAUCAAGACUUACUCCUGGGACAAUGCUCAGGUGAUCUUGGUCGGGAACAAGUGUGACAUGGACGACGAGAGAGUCGUACCCCCAGAAAAGGGCAAGCAUUUGGCUGACCAACUAGGGUUUGAGUACUAUGAAGCAAGCGCCAAGGAGAACAUCAAUGUCCGGCAGGUGUUCGAGCGUCUGGUUGACAUCAUUUGUGUGAAGAUGUCCGAGAGAGUGGACACAGACCCAUCCAUGGUCACUGGUGCCAAGAACACAAGGCUCACGGACAAGCCGCCCCAGCUGCCUCAGAACUGCACCUGCUGAUCCUCCCAUUCCCACUUCUCCCAUCUCCCAGUCCUCAACCUCCCACCUCUCAAUGCAAUCAGCCCUCUCUUUUUCUGUACAUGCCAUCUCACUCUUCAUCCACUGGUCCCAUUGAUUCAUUUACAUGCCAUGCCCUCAAUGGUCCAUUGUGAACCUUCACCUUUCACAUCUCAUCUCUGACCCCUGGCUCCCAGGCCAGGGACACAAUAAGCAGGGUAUACAGCCGAGCACAGCACUGCCUCUACUCCAGCACAGCAAUGUGUUCACUGCCUAAAGAAGCAUGACAUGACAGCUGUUGGGAUCACGGGUUCAAAGGUGUGAAGAGAUAGCUGCACUCAUUCUCCAGAAUGUCAUCAGCUCAUCCAGUUCCUAGAAAAUGCUUUUGCCCUCUUUCUAUUUCAUGCCUACAAAGCAGAAACAAAAUGUCAGCUAUUUCAGUGUGAAGCGUUGGGUACUUUGAGAUGUGGAAGAGGAGUUAAUUAAGUAUUUGCUUUUGGUUAUCAUAUUCCGGUGUAUCAGGGUACUCUGUUUUACAGAAGAACAAAGGAUCUGAAAGAUGGAGCUGUCAACAUGAGUCAAGGGUACAAGUCGUAUGAUCAGAGUGAGAUCCAAAAGGUGAAGCAAGAAUAGCAGAAACAUGUAAAGUCAAACACACUGCUGUAAAAUUACUUUCUGAAAAAACACAGCAAACUGCACAGACUGAACCUGAGCAAACACCCAUUCUCAGAAAUGUUAAUUAAUCAGUUGUCGGUGCUUACUGUUUUUGUUCCAUGUACCUUCUGUAUGAUGCAACUAUCUCUUCCAACGGACAAAGAGUGCAUCAGAUAAACAUCCAGGGUGUCCCACCAAUCUCACACAACUGAGACUGUGUGUCAAACCUAGAGAAUUUGGUGUUCAGGGUGCAGCUCAUGAAUUGACUUUAGGUGCUGAAUGCAAAGCUUCUUCCAUAAUUUCCAGCACCCUGGCAGCACAGCAACAACAGAUUCUUUGGACGUCUGGGGCACUCUGUAGACAUUCAGUGUAAUG